AUGUGGCAAAUACUUUUAGUAGGCUUCCUAAUUGGCACCGUGCGCUGCACGCUGGAUACGCCGCUCUGCCCCGAUGGUGGUGAGCCGGUAUGCGCUAGAGAUGACAGCGAAAUUAUUUACUUCGAGAACGAGUGUAAGCUGAAUGUUUACAGUUACAAACAACUUUUUGCUGGUAAAAGGAAACCCACUAGAAUAGCACUAGAGGAUUGUUUCUCCAAUUGUGGGGGCAUAAUAUGCCCAGCCAUUUACCAGCCAGUUUGCGCGCAACUAACUCCUACCGGUACUUUGAGGACGGUACCCAAUGCCUGUUUGGUAAAUCAACUGAUUUGUGAAUCGCGGCAACAAUGGAUAAUCAUUGGUAUUGGUCCUUGUCCGACGACCGCAGAACCAGCAUCUGCUUCAAGAUAUCCGUCUUAUGUUUCUGAUCCGGCGCCAGCGCCAGCCCCAGCUCCAGCACUAACUACAGAGCCUUCAGUUUCUGCCAAUUACGGUGCGCCUGCUCAAGCACAGGGAUCGAGCUCAGAGCCAGACUAUUACGUAGCACCAGCACCCUCCGCUAAUCAUGCUCCAGCGUCUUACGGUGUGCCAGCUCAAGCACAGGACCCAGACUAUUACGUAGCACCAGCACCAGCGCCAGCACCUUCCACUAAUCCUUCUCCAGCCGCUUACGGUGUACCAGCUCAAACACAGAGAUCGAGCUCAGAGCCCGACUAUUACGUAGCACCAGCACCUUUCGCCAAUCCUGCCUCAGCAUCUUACAGUGCGCCAGCUCAAGCACAGGACCCAGACUAUUACGUAGCACCAGCAUCAGCGCCAUCACCUUCCACUAAUCCUUCUCCAGCCACUUACGGUGCACCAGCUCAAACACAGGGAUCGAGCUCAGAGCCCGACUAUUACGUAGCACCAGCACCUUCCGCUUAUCCUCCGGCAGCAUCUUACGGUGCGCCAGCUCAAACACAGGUCCCAGACUAUUACGUAGCACCAGCACCAGCGCCAGCACCUUCCACUAAUCCUUCUCCAGCCGCUUACGGUGCACCAGCUCAAGCGCAAGGAUCUAACACCGAACCAGGAUAUUCCGCACCAGCUCCAGCGCCGUCCCCAUCUGCUAAUCCUGCUUCUCUUCCUAUAUAUUAUAAUGCACAGACCUUAGCACAAGCACCGGGAUCGGGCUCACAGCCAAGCUAUUCCGCUGUACCAGAUCCAUCACCUGCACCUUCUGGCUCUGCUUAUUACGGUGCUCCGACACCAGAUCAGGCUGAGGGCGCGAACUCAGAGCCACACAAUCAUGUUGCGCCAUCACCAGCGCCGACACCUUCUGCGAAUCUCUCUACUUCCUAUUAUGCUGCACCGAUGUCAGCUCAGGCACAGGAAUCAAGCUCCGAUACGAAGUAUUACGUAGCAGCACCGGCAAUCCCUUCUGCUGAUAUAUCUGAUUCUCCAACUUAUUCCGUUUCUCCAGCCGCAACUCAGAGCCAGGGAUCAGCGUCUGAGCGUGACUAUUACGUAGCGCCAUCUGCAUCAUCUUCUGCUUAUAUCGAUCCUGCUCAGGCUUCUUACCUUGCGCCAGCGCCUGCACCGUAUUCAAGUCCAGCCGCAAACACUUGCCCUUCAGAACAAAGCUCGCCCUCCUAUGCUGCUUCUGAACUUGAUCCAGUAGCAUCUUCCUACUCAGAGUCUGAUCCUGAGUCUUAUAAAACUUCAGAUCAAGUGCCAGCAGUUUCUUCAACUGCUGUGGAAAGUUCGGCUGCCUACGCAUCUCCUGAUCAAAGUAGAACUGGAAUCUCGAGGCCAUAUACAGUCACAGACCAAGAUACAGCAUCGAUCUCUUACCCACCGUCUCUAGCUGCAAUUCCUUCUCCAGCUUUAAGUCAGUAUCCAGCAGCCAACCCAGAAUCGUACUCAUAUCCUGCACAAGAAUUACAGCCAAAUCCAGCCCCAUACAUAUCUCCAGUGCAAAAUAGUGCACAUUACGGAGCUACUGGCCAAGAACCGGCGCCUUACGCUAACCCAACUCCAGAAUAUGCCUCUGCUUCAGACACGUACUCAGCUCAAGAGCAAGUGGCACACCAUGCUCCAGCAGCCGCACAAUCUGCAUGCCCAUCAUCGUAUCAAGCUCCAGCUUUCUCUAACACAGCCCAAAAAUAUGCUACAGAUCCAGAAGAAAACGCUUACUCCGAACCUGCUGUAGGUUCAGCACCAUCACCAUUACAGGAAUAUGCUUCAGAUCCAACAGUCGAUUCUUAUUCAGCUCCAGCACCAGCUCCAACACCGAUUCUUUACUCAUCACCAUCACAGGAAUAUGCUUCAAUCCCAUCUGCAGAUACUUACUCACCUCCAGCACCAUCAACGGAAGACGCUUCAACUUCGGAUCCUUCUCCAUCCACUUCUGACAAAGUCCCGGCGUCUUAUUCAGUAGCUGAUUAUGCGGCAGCUCCAGAAGCAAUGCCUUAUCCAAACCAAGCAAAAGGAUCCAACGCUGAAACUUAUGUGUCUCCAGACCCAAAUUACAGCGCACCAGCGUUGGUACAAUCAGCAGACCCUCAAUCACACUAUGCGGCACCAGCACCUACUUCGGAAAUUUAUGUUAGCCCUAGCCAAGAUCUGUCAGCAGCUCCAGCUUCGUACACAUCCGCCGAAAAAUGCGUAGCACCAGCGGCGGAGCCAGCCUCUUACACAAGCUCCAAUCAAGAUUCAUCAUCACACACAUACUCAGACUCACAAUCGCAGACGCCAAGUACAGAACUGGGUAUUUACUCAGCUCCUGCGCACCACACAUCCGCAGCUUCAAAUCAAUAUGCAGGAUCGUCUCAACAAAAUACUUACACUUCCUCGUCAGCGUGCCUAACAGCAGCACCAGCACAUCCAGCGGCUCAAAUCGGUUUACGAGAAGAACUUCCAUACAUUUCCGAAGUGAAGGCACCCGGCCUCACUGCUCUGAUUGGAAAAUGGAUUGACAAUAGGCAGACAAAUGUAGGCAGUGGUUCACAAUAUCUUACGCCCUUGUACUAUCAGCCAACUUAUAUGGUUAUCGAAUAUCAUGGCUCGAAAGGAAAACGAUCAUAUAAGUAA